AUGGAACGAAGUAGUGAUAUGAUGAAAAAUUUUGAAGCUGCUCUAAAGGGAACUAACACACGUAAACCACCACAAAUUUACAUAGAAAAGGCUGAAGAAGUUUCAGUAAUGCCUUAUUCCGAACGACAUUAUUCAGCAAAUGAUGUAUUAUUAAAUAUUUCCAAGCAAUUAACAUCUCUGCAGAACGCAGACAGCAUAAGAAAAGAUUUCAAUAUAAACCAUAAAAUGGUUAAACACAAAAAGUGUGCCCUAAUACCUGUGAAUAUGUUGUCACUGGAUGAUAAUUUUGCUGACCAGAGAAUUUUUGAAGAAGAAAAUUGCUUUGCCAGUAAUAAAUUUGACACACAGUGUGUAUCGGAUACUCAGCUUAUUAAUAUUGUUGUAAAUGCAGAGAAAAUGGUAAUACCUAAAGGAGAUACACAGGAAUUUGAAAAUUCAUUUUGUGAACAGCUUGUACAAAGAGAAGAAGCUAGUAAAAAUUUGGUUGAUUCUUUAUGUUAUAAUGAUAGGUAUGAUAAAGAAUUUGAACUAGUUAAAGAUUUAACUACACCUAUUCAUUCCAUAAUACCAAAUGUACCAAGUACCAGCAAAAGCCAUAAUAGCAAUGAAGGAAAUCUACCCAAAAACUAUUCAACAAAUAUGCUUGAUGCUCAGAAAGAUGAGAAUGAGAAUGAAGAAAUAGAUAUUAUAGUUCAGAAUGUAAAUAUAAUGGAAGAGAAUGAUAAAACAAGUUCUGAAGUUACACAGGAUUUUGAAAAUUCAUUUUGUGGCCAGCAUGUAGGAAAAGAAGAGGCUAGUAAAAUUUUAACAAAUUCGUUAUGUUAUUAUGAUAGGCAUGAUAAAGAUAUUGAAUUAGUGACAGAUUUAAAUAUACCAAUACCUUCAAUAAUACCUAAGGUACCAAGUACUAGUACCAGUAAAGACCAUAAUGUCAAUGAAGGAAAUCAAGCAAUAAACUAUUCAACAAAUAUAUUAGAUACUCAAAAAGAAACAGAUAUUGAAGUUCAUAAUGUAGAUAAAACACAAGAGAAUGUCAAAAAUAGUCCUGUUAUCAAUUACAUUAAACCUAUUAGUCUUCACAGCAGUAGUGUUCCAUUAAUUUACACACUGGAUGCUUUUGAAAAUUUUGCAGCAUUGGCCUUUCCAGUUAUUGAAAAAAACUUUGAAGCAGCACAAUAUGUCAUCAAUUCUCAGAUUAUUGACAAAGAGUUAUGUUUAGGAAAUCAUAUAAAAAAAUCCACCCUUCAAAAAGAAGAUAGGCCAAUCAGUCCUGUCCUAAGUAUUAAGAUGAAUUCAACAUCAACUUUAGUAAAAGACAAUAUUGUGAAAAAAAAGUUAUGGAAAGAUCCUGACAAAAGUAUUGUAUUUAAGCAGGGUAUAUCAGUAUCAAUUGAGAAAGAAGUAAAAAGUUUUGAAGAUGAGAUAUUAUUCAGUAGUGAUGAAGAAAAAGAUUUUCAGGAGUUACCAUUUACAUGUGCUAUAGAAACUUCUUUUAACAACCAACCUGAUAUUUUGGAUAAGACUAUGUAUGUUGGCUUCCAAACAGCUAGUAAUAAAUCUAUUCAAAUAAAUGCAGACUCUUUUUCUAAGGCCAAAAAUAUUUUGGAAGAUGUAGAUAUUAAUAAUCACAAGCUAACUUUAACAGAACUAGUAACAAUGUGUGAUAUUGGUAAUAUCAAUAAUGUAUCACAGUUAAACAAAGGUAAUAAUAAUAAUAAUAAUAAAAAUGAAGCUAAAAGUUCAUUGAAAGAUAUAACGAACAUUAACGAUUCUGUAGUUAAUAAUAAACCUAAAGAAUCAAUUGAAGGCACAAAUACCAUUACGAAAGAACCUAAAUCGUCGUCUGUAUUACAGGCAAGCAAUAGAAAAUGUGAAAUUAAUUUUGAACAGGUAAACAUGGCAAAUGAAAUGAAAUUUGAUAUUAAGAGCACUGAUUCCAAUCAUAUAUAUUCUAAAAUUAAAACUGCGAUAGGGAAAAAUUUGAUGAAAAACAGGGAUUUGCUUGAAUUUCAUACGGCAAGUAAUAAGACAAUCAAGCUUACAGAAAAGGCUUUAGCUAGAUGUCGUCAAGUAUUCGUAGAUUUUGAUUUGGAUGAAAAAUAUGACCAAACGGAAUCUGAAAAUACUCGAUGCUAUAAGCAACUAAAUUAUACACCUAAAGACAAUAGUGAUUUUAAAGAAAAUGAAGUAAGAAAACAAUCUGAAUCAACAGAAAUAGACGAUCAGAAUAUUAUAAAGGAAUUUGAAAAUGAUUUACUAUCUAAUACAAGGUCAGAAAAUGCUUCAAGCGGUAUGGAAAUAGAAAACAAAAUUCUUUCCAGAUGCUUAUUAGAUACUGAAGAAAAUGAAAAUUAUGCAGAUACUGCUCUAAACAAGAAACCUUGCAAAAAUAUCUCUGAUGUAGUUUUACAACACCGGGUAGAUGAAAAAAGUUGCUUAAAAAAUCACACUGAGAGAUAUACCACAAAAGUGACUUUUGUUGGUUUUAAAACUGCUAGCAAUAAACAAAUCGAUAUAUCUGAAAAAGCUUUGACAAAAUCCAAAAAUAUAUUCGAUGACUUAGACUUUCGAGAGUUAACCAGUGGUGAUAUGAAUUUGUUUGACGAAUACAAAACAUUAAAUAUUAAAGAUAAUAAGUUCUUUAAAGAACAAUAUGUUGAACGAAAUGAUAAUAAAACGAAAACUGGAUCUGAAUUAGAAAACAAUCAAUCGAUUAAAGAUUUAGAAAAAAAGCAUGUUAUACUUGAAAAGGAAUCGCCACAGUUUGAUGUUUUUCAAACUGCUGGCAAAAAAUCAGUUAAAAUGUCACCAGAAGCUGUAUUUAAAACCAAAAAUUUAUCUGAAGAAAUGCAUAUUUCAAGAAUUGACGUAAAAGAUUUUAGUAGUGAAGUAGGAAAUGCGUUAUUCAAAGAAUUUAAAACUGCAAGCGAUAAGCCUAUCAAAGUUUCGAAAGAAGCUUUAAUUAAAACCAGAAAUAUUUUUCAAGAUAUUGAUCUUGGUGGUGAAAUUAAUGAAAACAGUCAUAAUAAUUCCACAACGUAUGAGUUACACAAGAAUUUUGAAAAACAAUGUUUUCAAAACGAACCUGCCAUUAUUGAAGGUUUUAAGCCAGCAAGCAAUAAAAACAUGAAUAUUGCAGAUGAAGAUUUGACUAAAAGUAAAAUGUUAUUUCAAAAUAUGAAAAUGAUUUAUGACGAUGAUGGACAUAUUGAUACCCUUCAAAGCACAUUUAACAAAAAACGAACAAUUUUCAGUACCGUAGAUAAUUGUGAUAGAUAUACCAAAUCCGAAAAUCUAUUUUACAGAAACCAAAACCUCCAUAAAUUACGGGACAAAACGCUUAAAGAUUUUAAGACUUCAAGUAAUAAUAAGGUACCAAUGUCAGAUGAAGCAUUGGCUAAAAAUAAAAAAUUAUUUCAAGAUAUAGAAAUAAAUGCUAAAUACGACGAAAAAAAGGGUGUUUCUGAAUUGGAAACUGCCCACAACAAGCACGAUUUUAAUGACAAUAAUCAAUUUACUAAAAAUAUUCAAAUAUCUGACAAAAUUUUCAAGGGUUUCCAGACGGCAAGUAAUAAACAGGUCAACAUUUCAAAUGAAGCUUUGGCUAAAAGUAGGAAACUAUUUCAAGAUAUAGAAAUAAAUGAUAAAUACGAUGAACAAAAAGAAAUUUCUGAAUUGGAAACUGUCCACAACAAGCACAAUGUUAAUAACAAUAGUCAAUUUACUAAAAUAUCUGACCAAAUUUUCAAGGGUUUCCAGACAGCAAGUAACAAACAGGUCAACAUUUCAAAUGAAGCUUUGGCUAAAAGUAAGAAAUUAUUUCAAGAUAUAGAAAUAAAUGAUAAAUACGAUGAACAAAACGUUGUUUCCGAAUUGGAAACUGUCCAUAACAAGCACAAUUUUAAUGACAAUAGUCAAUUUACUAAAAAUAUUCAAAUAUCUGACCAAAUUUUCAAGGGUUUCAAGACAGCAAGUAACAAACAGGUCAACAUUUCAAAUGAAGCUUUGGCUAAAAGUAAGAAAUUAUUUCAAGAUAUAGAAAUAAAUAAUAAAUACGAUGAACAAAACGUUGUUUCUGAAUUGGAAACUGUCCAUAACAAGCACAAUUUUAAUGACAACAGUCAAUUUACUAAAAUAUCUGACCAAAUUUUCAAGGGUUUCCAGACAGCAAGUAACAAACAGGUCUACAUUUCAAAUGAGGCUUUGGCUAAAAGUAAGAAAUUAUUUCAAGAUAUAGAAAUAAACGAUAAAUACAAUGAACAAAACGUUAUUUCUGAAUUGGAAGCUGUCCACACCAAGCACAAUUUUAAUGACAAUAGUCAAUAUAAUAAAAAUAUUCAAAUAUCUGACCAAAUUUUCAAGGGUUUCCAGACAGCAAGUAACAAACAGGUCAACAUUUCAAAUGACGCUUUGGCUAAAAGUAAGAAAUUAUUUCAAGAUAUAGAAAUAAACGGUAAAUACGAUGACCAAAAAGUAAUUUUUGAAUUGGAAACUGUCCACAACAAGCACAAUUUUAAUGACAACAGUCAAUUUACUAAAAUAUCUGACCAAAUUUUCAAGGGUUUCCAGACAGCAAGUAACAAACAGGUCAACAUUUCAGAUGAAGCUUUGGUUAAAAGUAAGAAAUUAUUUCAAGAUAUAGAAAUAAACAAUAAGUACGAUGAACGAAACGUUAUUUCUGAAUUGGAAACUGUCCACAACAAGCACGAUUUUAAUGACUAUAGUCAAUUUACUAAAAAUAUUCAAAUAUCCGACCAAAUUUUCAAGGGUUUCCAGACAGCAAGUAACAAACAGGUCAACAUUUCAGAUGAAGCUUUGGUUAAAAGUAAGAAAUUAUUUCAAGAUAUAGAAAUAAACGAUAAAUACGAUGAACAAAACGUAUUUUCUGAAUUGGAAACUGUCCACAACAAGCACAGUUUUAAUGACAGUAGUCAAUUUACUAAAAAUAUUCAAAUAUCUGACCAAAGUUUCAAGGGUUUCCAGACGGCAAGUAACAAACAGGUCAACAUUUCUAAUGAUGCUUUGGCGAAAAGCAAGAAAUUGUUGCAAGAUUUUGCCCGAAAUCAUGAGCAAAAUGAACUAAACGAACUUACUGGUAAUAUUUCACACGUCAAACCUAUAAAUGAUGACAUUGAAUGUAGGGCUGCAAACAACAAUAACAUCAAUACUUUCCUAGAAUCUGUAACGAAAUCCAAAAAAAGAAAACUGGAUUUUAAUCGAAAUAAUGAAAUUUUAAAUGUUCAAAACAAAAGUAUAAAAGAAACGUCUGUGAACACUAAGGAAAAUAUUAAUUUAGAUGGUAUUAUUGACACGCAAGUAUUGAAUAAUUUUGAGGAGACAUUGCACACUGAAGAUUUUUGUAAAGAAACAAAACACAAUAAAUCUAAGCGAUCCGGUAGCCCUAUCCUUUCAUGUCCGCGCGCUAAAAAGCGCAGUAGGUUUGCAGUUCCUUUUAAAAACGAGCAUAAAACAACAGAGGAAGUAACUAUUAAGGUUACCUCAGAGUCAAGUACAAACAUAUUAUUUGUUUUUAAUGAAAGUUAUAAGAAAACCAAGAAAUAUACUCUGAAAACAUUAAAAACUACAGAGACUCUAAAUAGCGCCCAAAAUGAAAUUGAUCAGUAUAUUUUAAACUUUAAUUUCGAUAACGUACUAGAUUUUAAAUUUUCUGAUAAAAGAAAUGAAUUGACUGACGACCAAUGGAGCAUAGAGGAUUUGAAAAAACAAUUCUUAUCUUUAGUCAGCAGGAAGAUAAUUCCAGAUGGUUGGUUGGACAAUCACUUGAAGUUGAUUAUUUUGAAAUUGAUUUCUUAUGAAAUUGAGUACUGUGAUACUAUGCAAGGAAUCUGCUCAGUAAAAAAUGUUUUACAACAACUAAAAUACCGUUACGAUAGGGAAUUAUAUAAUGUAGAAAGACCUGCUCUCAGGAAAUUACUUGAAAAAGACGAUGUAUCAACACGAACUAUGAUUUUACGUGUUUUAGCUAUAUAUGUAGAUGGCGUUGCUGUAACCAGCAUGAGCAACGGCAGUAACAUAGAGUUGCUGGUAACGGACGGAUGGUACUGCAUCAAAGCGUGUUUGGAUCAGAUGUUAAUAAAACUUGUCCGUGAUCAUAAGAUACGUGUUGGGACUAAGCUGGCAACACAUGGCGCCGAAUUAUUGAAUUGCGACCAAGGAAAAGCACCUUGGGAGGACACGUCAUCAGUACGUUUGAAACUCUUUGGUAAUUCUACACGACGUGCUCGUUGGGACGCGCGUCUUGGAUAUCACGGUGCGGGCGCCAUCUUGGCUCCACUGUCAUGUGUGGAGCUGGAAGGUGGGAAAGUGUCAAAGUUGCGCGCACUCGUGACACGAGUGUAUCCUACUCUUUAUGUGGAAAAAUUUGAAGAUGGAAGUACAGUGACCCGUUCUGAACGUCUGGAACAACUCCACCAAAUGAAAUAUGAGUCGGAAAGACAAGCACUGCUGGAGAAGAUUUACGAGGAAGUGGAGAAAGAGUUUGCAGAUGAGGAAUCACAGGAUUCGGAAUGCGAUUCCGAAGUCAGGACAAGUCUUAACAGCGGUUCGCAAAUUAAAAGAUUUAUGAAACAAUGCAAAGAUCCCGCAGAGUUUAGGGCACACCUGACAAGCUCCCAAUGUGCUCUGCUGCAAGAUUACACGAACAAACGUAGAGAGAAAUUGAUCCAAUCCGUACAGACCCGAGUCGAAGAAAGAUUAAAAGGAAAAGGUUUGCACGUCGGCAGGAAUGUGGUACCAGUUCUAAAGAUUAGAGUCGCUGAUGUUGGUAAAAAUGGUGAAAUUUCUAAAGCCAUGAUGUCAGUUUGGAGGCCAAAUGAUGCAAUACUAGAUAUAAUUCAAGAAGGAUCAUGGAUCAAUGUAUAUAAUAUUGUUCCAACAGCCAUGAGGUAUUCCGAAAUACAAUUGUCUGCUGGAAGGCAAACAAUUUUUAGUAGAACAAUCUUCAAGGAAAAUGAUAAAGUAAAAGCUAUGGUUACAAAUCUUAAGAGGACCUGUUACAGCAUUAAAGAUUUAGCCAUGAAUCCAAUGAUUACUACAGACUAUAAUGAAGUUGACACUGUAGGGCUUAUAUUUUUAAUUGAUCCACCAAGUGAACAAUUUCAAUCAGUAAAAGCACAAUUUCAAAAUGUUUAUUUGACAGAUGAAGAAAAAAACCUAAUUUGUAUAAAUUUCUGGGGAGGAUUAAAAAAAUUUGGUUAUGAGAAUGUUCUUGACACAUGUCAGGUAGUGGCGUGCAUGAAUUUGCAGAAGAGGUUUGGCAACACUAAAAAAAGUAUACCCCAGUUUCGCGCCACAGAGUUUUCUUAUUUUACGAAAACAUCAAAACUAGCGAAUGUGCGUAAAAUGACAGAGGAAUUAAGCAAAGCGUUAUCUUGUGUAAAUAUAAAAAGGUUUUGUCAAGAGUGUAUAGAAAAGAAAAAUAAUUGUUCAGUAUUAAGAAAUAAUUGCGAAAAAAUAUCACCGUAUAGAAUAAAUUAUAGUGACUAUAAUGUAUCAAAACACAAAAUGUUUAUAGAUUCACCACUGACGCGAAAACCAAAUCCCAUUGAGGAUAUUUUAAACCUUAGCGGACUAGACUUUGAGUCUACUUUCAGACAAAUUGAUACACAAGACAUAAGUCCUAGCGUCUUAUCAAGAAAAAAGAAAGUGGAGGAAAAAAUUGCAAAAUUAAAAAUGUAUGGAGAGCCCCCACCGUUGAAUCCCAUACAUAUUAUUAACAAAUCUAAAAACGCAACGAGUGCUUUUAAAAGCCCUCUAUCUUCAAAGAAUGACACUUCUAAUAGUGUUGCUAACGAAAAAUCCAAAGACAAUACAAAUGUUAUCGUUAGGAAUAAACAAUCAAGCCCUGUGAUAUAUGGUGGAAAUAACUGUGUAAAAAGAAAAAAUGCUAGUCCCAUUAAGUUAAACUUUCCUAGUGAUGUUCCUGAAAAAGAAAAUAAAGGAAGCCAAGUCGUUGAUCCCUUUGCAGAAGAGUUCGAUGGUAGCCCGCCUUUAAGCUUAGACUAA